UUUUGACCCAGACGGUGGCCCGCGGAGGACAACAGGGCUGCGGAACGGAGCCCAGGUUUUGCCUUGUGACGUGUGGGCUGGUGCUGGUGUGCGCGACGCAGCUGGAGUGCGCCUAGGAGUCAGAGAGCCUUGGGGCUGCAGGGGCAUGGCGGUGACCUCCGCGGUGUCGGUGCUGCUGCUGGCGGCGGAGAGGAGCCAAUGGCAGCGGUUCCCGAGCCUGAUGCCGCUGCCGAGGAGAUGGCCUUGGAAGCAAAGAGCCAUGAAGUAUACAACUACAGGAGGAAACAUUACCAAGGUCCUCAUUGCCAAUAGAGGAGAAAUUGCCUGCAGGGUGAUGCGGACCACUAAAAGAAUGGGCGUGCAAUCCGUGGCUGUUUAUAGUGAGGCUGACAGGAAUUCCAUGCACGUAGACAUGGCAGAUGAAGCAUAUUUCAUCGGUCCUGCUCCCUCUCAGCAGAGCUACCUCUCUAUGGAGAAGAUCAUUCAGGUGGCCAAGAUCUCUGCUGCGCAGGCUAUCCAUCCAGGAUAUGGUUUUCUUUCAGAAAACAUGGAAUUUGCCGAGCUAUGUAAGCAAGAAGGAAUUAUUUUUAUAGGUCCUCCUUCAUCUGCAAUUAGAGACAUGGGUAUUAAGAGUACAUCCAAAUCCAUAAUGUCUGCGGCCGGAGUACCCGUUGUGGAAGGCUAUCACGGCGAGGACCAAACAGACCAGUGCCUGAGAGAGCACGCCGGGAGAAUCGGUUACCCCGUGAUGAUCAAAGCUGUCCGCGGGGGAGGAGGGAAAGGUAUGAGGAUUGCUAGAUCUGAAAAAGAAUUUCAAGAGCAGUUGGAAUCAGCACGGAGGGAAGCUAAGAAGUCCUUCAAUGAUGAUGCUAUGCUGAUUGAGAAGUUUGUGGACAUGCCCAGGCACGUGGAAGUCCAGGUGUUUGGUGAUCACCAUGGCAAUGCUGUGUACUUGUUUGAAAGGGACUGUAGUGUACAGAGGAGGCAUCAGAAGAUCAUUGAGGAAGCCCCAGGGCCUGGUAUUAAACCUGAAGUAAGAAAAAAGCUUGGAGAAGCUGCAGUCAGAGCUGCUAAGGCUGUAAAUUAUGUCGGAGCAGGAACUGUGGAGUUUAUUAUGGACUCACAACACAAUUUCUACUUCAUGGAGAUGAAUACAAGGCUGCAGGUGGAACAUCCUGUUACUGAGAUGAUCACAGGAACUGACUUGGUGGAGUGGCAGCUUAAGAUUGCAGCAGGAGAGAAGAUUCCUUUGAGCCAGGAAGAAAUAACUUUGCAAGGCCAUGCGUUUGAAGCUCGGAUAUAUGCAGAAGACCCUCACAAUAACUUCAUGCCAGGGGCCGGACCACUGGUGCAUCUCUCCACACCGCCAGCAGACGUGUCCACUAGGAUCGAAACUGGAGUCCGGCAAGGAGAUGAAGUGUCAGUGCACUAUGACCCCAUGAUUGCGAAGCUGGUCGUGUGGGCUGCAGACCGCCAGGCGGCGCUGACAAAACUGAGGUACAGCCUUCGUCAGUACCACAUUGUCGGGCUGCACACCAACAUCGACUUCCUCCUCAGCCUGUCCGGCCACCCAGAGUUUGAGGCUGGGAACGUGCACACUGACUUCAUCCCUCAACACCGAGACCAGCUGUUGCCCAGUCAGAAGGCUGCAGCCAAAGAGUUUUUAUGCCAGGCAGCUCUGGGCCUCAUCCUCAGGGAGAAAGCACUGUCCGAUGCUUUCAAAAUCCAGUCACAAGAUCAAUAUUCUCCCUUUGCAUCCAGCAGUGGAAGAAGACUGAAUAUCUCUUACACCAGAAACCUGACUCUUAAGGAUGGUGGAAACAAUGUAGCCAUAGCUGUAACGUAUAACCACGAUGGGUCAUACAGCAUGCAGAUCGAAGAUAAAACUUUCCAAGUCCUCGGUGACCUUCUUAGUGAGGGAGACUGCACUUACCUGAGAUGUUCUAUUAAUGGAGUUACUAGUAAAACUAAGCUCAUUUUCCUGGAAAACACAAUUUACCUAUUUUCUAUGGAAGGAGCUAUUCAGUUCGGCAUCCCAGUCCCCAAACACUUGUCGUCAGUGAGCUCGGAAGGGACUCAGGGAGGCACCUUAGCUCCCAUGGCUGGCACCAUCGAGAAGGUGUUUGUAAAAGCCGGAGACAAAGUAAAAGCCAGAGAUUCUCUAAUGGUUAUGAUUGCCAUGAAAAUGGAGCACACCAUACGGGCCCCCAAGGACGGCACGAUCAAGAAAGUGUUCUACAAAGAAGGGUCUCAGGUGAACAGACACGCCCCUUUGGUCGAGUUUGAACAAGAGGAAUCUGACACAAAGGAAGGCGAAUAAACUCCCGUCAGAGAAGUGGCCAAUGAAAAGUAUCUUCAGUAUCUGUAGCGAAAAGAGGAAGUGCCUCCCUGCUUCUCCUGGGGUCUCAGGAAGAGCAGUUUUACUGGAUGACUGUACGAUUACGUUAAACCCUUUCACAUGUGAGAAUCACGCACUUGGGUCACAAAUAAUAAAUUAUCUUCCAAUAUUUCAUACAAAUAAAAUUGAGUUAACCUUUUUUA